AUGCCAGCCCAAAAGCUGCACCGCAGCGACUGGAAGGAGGGAACCGUUUAUCUGUUCCAAUUCCCGCGCGCCAAGCAUAUUCCGUCGCCCUCGCCCUUUUCGCUGAAGCUCGAGACGUGGCUGCGCAUUAAUGAUAUCCCAUAUGAGAACGUCUCCACCGAAUUCAAGAAGACCUCCUCAAAGGGCCAGGUGCCGUUCAUCGAAUUCAAUGGGCGCCAGAUUGGGGACAGCAACCAGAUUAUUCCGUUUUUGACGAAGGAGUUGAACAAGGAAACUGUGGACACUCGUCUAUCAAAAGAAGAUCAAGCCUACCGCCAGGCCUUCCAUCAUCUGCUCGAAAACUCGAUUUUCUGGGCCAUCGUCGCCAACCGCAAGGAGACGGCCGACUUUUUCUUUACCGAGGACGGCAUGCUUGGCCAUUUUAGCGGCAUCAAAAAGACGCUGACGCAACACAUCGGACCCGUUGCCUUCAAGCGCAAGCUGAAGAACAUGUCGCACGUGCAGGGCUACGGGCGCAACACUGUCUACGAGCUCGAGGAGCAAAUGAUCAAGGAUCUCGACGCGCUCUCGACGUUCCUGGGCUCGAAGCACUACUUCUUUGGAAACGAGCCGAGCUCGCUUGACGUGACGGCGUUCGGGCAGCUUUGCCAGGUGCUCUACACGCCACUCGUGACGAAGGGCGUCGUCCCGCACAUGCACGAGCAUAAUAAGAAUCUCGUCGAUUUCGUCGAACGAAUCAAGGCACACUAUUGGCCCGACUGGGAGCGCGCCACUUCGGCGCUGAACUUCUCCUCGGACUGGAAGCACGUCGAGCCGAUCGCCGAAAAAGUUGCCCCC